UCUGCAUAAUGUGAAAAAGCAGUCGAGCAGUUCAACUUGCCUCGUUCAGAUGACGCUAUUUGCGUUCGACAAUACGGCGGCGAGUGUUUUAUACGGAUUUUUUCUCUUCUUUUUACAUAAUUAUAAGGUUCCCGAUCGGUAGUUGUGUGUUGUCUGCGCAUAAUUAUGGCUUCUGUGAUGUUCAAUACGUCUGGCACCAUACAGAGACUGCAAAAGGUUUUCCAAAGGGCUUACUCAGACACCAAAUUUCCUCAGAUCACCACUCACUAUACGGUAAAACCCAGAGAGACAGAUCCAAGAUGGAAAGAUGUGAAGAUGGAGAGAUACGUGGACGAAACCGACAUUUUAAUUGUUGGUGGUGGUCCAGCAGGAUUAUCAGCAGCUAUUCAGGCUCGUAGAUUAGCUGAAAAACAUGGUAAGGAACUCAGAGUUACUCUCGUUGAAAAGGCAUCUGCAAUUGGUGGACAUAUUCUCAGUGGAGCUUGCUUGGACCCAAUUGCUUUGAACGAGCUAUUUCCAAAUUGGAAAGAAUUAGGUGCACCGUUAAAUACUCCUGUUACGGAAGAUAAGUUUGCAUUUCUUAUGGAAAAGAAACGGAUACCAAUUCCUAUCUUUAAGGGGAUGCCAAUGUAUAAUCAUGGGAAUUACAUAGUAAGAUUAGGCCAUGUCGUGACAUGGCUAGGCGAACAAGCAGAAGCUGCUGGAGUUGAAAUAUAUGCUGGUUACGCGGCGGCAGAAAUUUUAUAUCAUGAGGAUGGAUCUGUUAAAGGAAUCGCCACAAAUGAUGUUGGUAUUGCGAAAGACGGUUCACCCAAAGAUACGUUCGAACGGGGUAUGGAGCUUCAUGCGAAAUGUACCAUAUUUGCAGAAGGCUGCCACGGCCAUCUGACAAAACAGCUUUCAAAGAAAUUGAAUCUCAGGAAAGAUUGUGAACCACAGACAUAUGGUCUUGGAUUAAAAGAGAUUUGGGAAAUAGAACCAAGUAAGCAUCGACCUGGAACAGUAGAGCAUACAGUUGGCUGGCCACUUAAUAGAAAUACAUAUGGUGGAUCAUUUCUUUAUCAUUUGAAUGAAGAAACUCCUUUGGUUGCAGUAGGCUUUGUCAUAGGAUUGGAUUAUACUAAUCCUUACUUAUCUCCAUUUAAAGAAUUUCAGAGAUUUAAACAGCAUCCCAGUAUUAGACCAACAUUUGAAGGAGGGAAAAGGAUAGCUUAUGGUGCUAGAGCAUUGGUGGAAGGUGGAUUUCAAUCUAUUCCAAAACUUCAGUUUCCUGGCGGUUGUCUCAUUGGAUGUACUGCAGGUUUCUUAAAUGUUCCUAAAAUUAAAGGAACUCAUAAUGCAAUGAAAAGUGGCAUGUUGGCUGCAGAAAGUGUUAUUGAAGCGAUUAUAGAUGCAGAAAGUAAUACCUCAUCGACGAAAGGCUUAGAACCGAAAACAUAUACAGAUAAAAUCAAGAACAGUUGGAUCUAUAAGGAAUUGAAAGCCGUAAGAAAUAUGAGGCCUAGCUUCCAUUCUUCUCUUGGACUUUACGGCGGUUUGAUGUAUUCUGGUUUCUCCAUGUUAGUAGGUGGAAAGGAGCCAUGGACCUUGUCCCACGGAGGUCCUGAUUAUAAGAAAUUGAAAUCUGCAGCUAAAGUGACGCCAAUAGAAUACCCCAAACCAGAUAAUGAGAUAUCCUUCGAUCUUUUGUCGUCGGUAGCUCUAACUGGUACCAAUCAUGAAGGUGAUCAACCAGCUCACUUAACUUUAAUGGACGAUACCAUUCCAGUAAAAAGAAAUUUAGCUGAAUUUGCUGGUCCAGAAGGUCGAUUUUGCCCUGCUGGUGUCUACGAAUUCGUGCCGUUGGAAAGCGGAGAUGGCGAAAGAUUGCAGAUCAACGCGCAGAAUUGUAUUCAUUGUAAGACUUGCGACAUCAAGGAUCCGAGCCAGAACAUUAAUUGGGUCGUGCCGGAAGGUGGGGGCGGGCCAGCUUACAAUGGCAUGUAAAAUAUAUCAAUUUAUCGAUUUGUAAUUGAUCGAUUGCGUAAAUAUGCUCAUUUUACUGUUCAAUAUUGGUUUCAUAUACUUUUUGACGAAAUUUAUGGAUAUAUUGCAGCAUCGUAAUCAAGUUUUGAUUGUAUGCUGUUAUAACGUAUAAUUAUUGAAAUUGAAAGAUGAAUGAUGUAAUUAUUUCUCAUUCAAAUGAAUUAAUAUAAUUAUGGAUUAAUUUUGAUUUGAUAGAAAUCGAACAAUCUUUUCAUCAAUGUUCGCGUUUAUUUGCUCCAAUAAUACAGCAAUAAUUCGUUAUUUUUGAUUUAUCUGCCAGAAAAUGGGAAUUCUAAUAAUUCAAUAUACAGAACAACUAAAGAACUAGUAAUAUUUUCAUUCCUCUUGUCAGUAGAUAAAAUCGUAUUAUAUCAGAAUCGCAUUUAAAAAUAAUAUUACAACAUUUUAAUCAAAAUUUUAUUCAAAACAUGUAAACUGGCAAAUUUUGUUCUUUAAGUUAUAUCACUGUUGUAGACAUGUAGAAAACGAGUGAUAUAUCAAUUUCGUGACGGCGUUCGGGGAGCGCGCUAUCGACGCUAUUGUGACAUUUUCUUUGUUUUAUGCCAGAAUGAAUGAUACUAACGUAAUGACUGAAGAGCGCUGACAGCAUGUUGCCCAAACGCGCUUUACAUAUCAUAUACAUAUAUCAUAUAUAAUUCUUUAAUUAUUGAAAUAAUUUAUCCUUUGUUGGGAUGAUGUUUAUUGAAAUGUAUGUAUUAUUGAACAAAUUAAAAGAAAUACGUAAUUAUUAAUUUGAUAAAAAUAUCGAAAAUUUUUUGUGUUUUCUCUCCUUUGUGAGAGACUUUUAAAUAAAACGUUUCUCUCGGAGAAACGCUUUUAGAUUGUUUGCGUAAUAAUGUUGUUACUAUAUUUUGAUAGAAAAAAUUGUAUAAAUAAUCAAUUUGUAGAUUAUAUAUUUUUAUACAGAUAGGCGAUUUAAAAAAUAUAUAUAUACAAUGAAA